AUGGAUCAACUCAUAAACAAUUUGGAGGCCCAACUUAAUUCAGAAGGUGGCUCAGUGCAGGUUUUCAAACAGAUCUCUAGCCCUGUCCGGGUCAGAGAAGCUUCUCAGACAGCAGGCAGAGUCAAUAUGAUGACUUCACAACUCCUAGAUGCGAACACCAUGGAGAAUCCGGUACUGUUUAAUGACAUCAAAACUGAGCCACCAGAGGAGCUUCUGGCUAGUGAUUACAGCUUGCCCCAGGUGGAGCCAGUUGACCUCUCGUUUCACAAGCCCAAGGCUCCUCUCCAGCCUGCCAGCAUGCUGCAAGCUCCGAUACGUCCUCCCAGACCACAGCCAGCACCGCAGCCCCUUGUCGUGUCAGCACCAGCAUGUGACACAAGCAAUCCAGCCAACAUCCCUACUGUUUUAACUCCAGGCUCUAUCCUGGCUUCCUCUCAGGCCGCUGGUGGUCAGCAGAUCUUACAUGUGAUUCACACCAUCCCCUCAGUCACUCUGCCAAAUAAGAUCGGUGGCCUGAAGACCAUUCCAGUGGUCGUGCAGUCUCUGCCUAUGGUAUAUACCGCUUUGCCGGCAGAUGGCGGCCCUGCAGCCAUUACAGUCCCACUCAUAGGAGGAGAUGGCAAAAAUGCUGGAUCAGUGAAAGUUGACCCCACCUCCAUGUCUGCACUGGAGAUUCCAAGUGACGGUGAGGAGAGUGCAAUUGAGAGUGGCUCCUCCGCCUUGCAGGGUCUGCAGGGACUGCAGCAAGAACCAACUGCAAUGGCACAGAUGCAGGGAGAAGAAUCGCUUGAUUUGAAGAGAAGACGGAUUCACCAAUGUGACUUUGCAGGGUGCAGCAAAGUGUACACCAAAAGCUCUCACCUGAAAGCUCACCGCAGGAUCCACACAGGAGAGAAGCCUUAUAAAUGCACCUGGGAUGGCUGCUCCUGGAAAUUUGCUCGUUCAGAUGAGCUAACCCGCCAUUUCCGCAAGCACACGGGCAUCAAGCCCUUCCGGUGCACAGACUGCAACCGCAGCUUCUCUCGCUCCGACCACCUGUCCUUGCACCGCCGGCGCCACGACACAAUGUGAGCAGCACGUGCUGCACAAGAGGAGCUGCACUGGUCUCUUUCCUACAUUUGAGUUGAGGUCAAGAUCGUUUUUUCCUCUGACUUCAAUUUGCCUCUGGGAUGGGAUUUUGAGCAGCCAAUUGAGCCAGGUUGAGAAGACUGGAGGGAAGCAUAGCUGUUUUCUCAUGGACCUCUUCAUAUUCCACCUUCACCUCCCCACUGUCCAAACCUCAGUUUUUUUUCAACCUCCACAUGGGUUGAAUUCCAGAGCGGCACCCAUGGCUGCCCCCCCAUCGCUUUGAUCUAAAAUAAGACAUUUUCCGACAAUAACUAAACAGGAAUCAACUCAAGGCUGUGAACAAACAUACGCUGCUUUCCCCCCUAAUUUUCCUCUUGUUUUCUAGAACUCUUAUCCACAUAUAUAUAUAUAUAUUUUUAAUCAAUACUUAAAUGACAUUUUCCUGGACAGUAGGUGCAAAACAAUGUAGUUAACUGCUAAGAUUUACAAGGACUUGAGUCCUGAGUGUGGGGCACAUUCUCAGUGUAUAAACUGAAUCCCAUACCAAACUCAAAGAUUUUGUAAAUCCAACUCUGUUUCUUCUUGCAGUUUGAUUUUCAGACAGUGCUGGUGCUUCUGCUUCUUUAAUCUAUCAAAAGGAAUAAAAGGAUUUUCUUGUCCUUCUUCCAGUCUUCUACUCCUCCUCCUCCUUCAAGAUUAAAGAUUUUGCUGCACAAUUACAUUGUUUGUUAAGCUAAAUUGGAUGAAUAGUUAAAGCACACUUAGACACAUCGGUAGAGAGCAAAGUGCUCCAUAAGAGUAUAUUGGGCAGUGUCAAGAACAAAUGGAGUUGGGACAAUUCUAGGACACACAGAGGGAACUUGCAUUUGGAUAUCAAAAGUGCUGUUAGUCAUAAACCUCAUUAAAAUGGUCGCCCGUUGAGGCAGUGUCUUAGAG